AUGUCCCAGUGCUCUGCGGAGCUGUGUGCGCUUCUAGUUGAGGAUAACUUCGGAGAGCUAUUUGCUCGCAUCUUCACCGUACUUCACCGUUACGAAAGAUUGACGCUUCCUCGGCUCAGAUUCUUUGCUCGCUUACCGGAACGUCAACUGCUCAAUGGCCUCGCUGCUAUGAUACAGCACCACCUAAUUUACCACUUCACCUCACUUGACGACGGCAACACCUACUACGAAGCCAAUCCACAAGCUGCAUACUCCCUCGUACGUUCCGGAAAGAUCCUCCACCUAGUUGAAACCCGAUUGGGUGAAUAUGCGGCCCAGAUCUUGGAAAGAAUCAUGACCCUCGGUCAUACCUCGAUCGCCCACCUCGAGACGCUUCCCGAGCCCCAACUCCGGACGCAGCGCAUUUCCAAUGGGGCAAGCCAUUCCGAAAUUGAGGUCGAGGGGAACGGGGAUAACCAAGAGGCUUCUGACAGGCCUAAUGGCGAUUAUGCUGCGGGCGAGAAACCGGCACGUCUUCACCCCACCUUGAAGAGUCUUGCAUCCCACGGAUACAUCCACCGGGUUCGCGAGGCACACUUCCAGAGUCCCAACGACAAUUGGCUCGAUGCCUCUCGAAUUAUCGCCUCCCGAGCAGAUGUCAAACAAAUGAAGGGCAAGCAACAAGCGGCGGAAAUCGAAGAGAAGGCCAAGGAGCUGGUUAAGCAAAGAAUGGAGGGGGACCUGAGCCGUGGUCUAUUGUACAAUGGUCUCCCUCAGGGUGUUAAAAGGAAGCGCGAUAAUGCCAACGGGGUAUCGAAUCAGCAUUCGACAAACGGCAGCAAUGGCAUCAAUGGGAUCAAUGGGGAUCAUGCUGAGGAUGAUGACGAAGAGAACGAUUGGUCUGAAGACGAAGAUGGACUUAGUUCAAUUCCAAUGGAUUCUAAUCUCAUUGUUCGAGUGAACUACGAAAAACUCGAUGUUGCGCUUCGGAAUCUGAGGUUCCUUGAGCUUGCGGCGGAAUGCGCACCUCCCCUUCGGUCGAAGUCUACGACUGUCUACUUCGGCGCAUUGAAUAUCAAACGCCCCGCUGCCGAGACUCCUACGAAAUCCCACGGAGAACAAUACUCUGCCCCAAUUGAAUUGAAAACACUUGUCGAGGACGUGGACCCGGAUCUUGAUCUUGCAGGCUCUAUUGGUCCUAUGGAGCCCCCAACCGUGGUAAAUCGCCGCGGCAAGCGCCCGUUGGACGAUGAGACGAACGGCACAGACGGGAAUGGUGAGCAUGAAGGUAGACCGAGCGCGCAGAACCGCGCUCUUGAGGUCGAUCAACAUCUCAGUCUUCUUUCACAACCUCCUUACAACCUCACAACAAAACACAUCAUCUCCGGCCUCCCUACAUGGCGAGUUGCAUUCCGAGGCCUGGCCCGCAAGCUCCGCCAUCGAGAGCUGGAGAACAUGAUUGAGGCGCGGUACGGAGAUGUGGCGCUUCGGGUGAUCCGUAUUCUGCAUGACAAGGGCAAGUUGGACGAGAAACGCCUCCAGGACAUCAGUCUCCUUCCUUUCAAAGACCUGCGCAAGUCGCUUGCUCAUAUGCAGACCGGUGGAUUCGUUGAUUUGCAAGAAGUGCCGCGCGAUGCGCAGCGUCAACCUUCCAAAACUAUUUAUUUAUGGUAUUACGACCCAGACCGGGUAUGCAACAGUAUUACCGAGGACACCUACAAGGCGAUGUCCCGAUGUAUUCAGCGCAUCAAGUUCGAGCGAAGCCGCGAGAGGGAUUUCCUCGAGAAGACAGAACGAACUGACGUCAAGGGCCACGAAGAGGAACUCCUCUCGGAGGCUGAAUUGGAGCAUCUGCGCAACUGGCGGGCCAGGGAGGCUCUGUUGCUGGCAGAGGUGGCGCGCCUGGAUGAGAUGGUCGCGGUGUUCCGUGAUUAUUGA